AUGGGAUCAUCUAAAGUGAGCUCCCCCACCGGAGAUCGUGACGCCGAGGUUGCUAAACUACGAGAGAGAGUGAAUGACCUCGAGCGCGAGCGCGAGCGCCUGAUACAUUCGACGAGGAAGGCUGAGAACAUGGCCGACAAAAAUUACCUGCUCACUCAGCAGUGUUUCAGCAUGAUCAAGAACAAAGAGGACAAGAACGACAAGCAAGACACCGAGGUAGCUCAGCUGCUUCGAGAGGCAAAGGCGAAGGCUGAGAGAGCAGAGGAGAAUGCGAACGUGCAAGUCCGAAACCUGCAAGCCAAGCUGGAUGAGAUGUCCAAGCGUGCUCUGGAGGCAGAGAAUGCUCUCAAAGACGAGAAACACCAGCGCGAGACCGACGGGAUUCGAUUCAGGGCAGACGUGGACAAGAACAGUGAGCGUGUCAAGGAAAACCAGAUGCUCAAAGAGAGGUUCCAAAAAGCUAUUGAGACGAUCACGACGUUGCAGAAGGAGCUCAAGCAAGUGCGUGCUGCGACUCAAGCUUCGAGCGAGCGGGAAACUAAUCUGAUACAGCUGCUGCAAGACGUGAACUCGCUGGUCGCAGGCAUCGUCUCGAACUCGCAUGAAAUGAGCAAUCGACUGACAAGUUGCUGCAGCAGUCUUGGCCGGAUGAAGGAAGAGGGUUGCCGUGGCCCGACUCGGUUUCUCCCUGGGGCUGACCUGGACAAGGUACGGCAUCAAGUGAAAGAGUCGGGAAAGCUCGUGGUGAAGAGGAGUCUCGAGGAUCAGUUCUUCUUCAGCAUCGUCACGACCACUGGAGAAGAUCGACUCUGCCGUCAGCUGAAGCGUCUUUACCUGGAUGUGUCAGCAGAGGCUGAAGUUGUCGGGAACCAGCUCGAACUGGCGCAGGAGUCUCACGAAGCCUGUGAGAGCUACGUGGAAGUGUGGAAAGGAUACUACAACGAGUGGGUGGCUGAUCAAGCAGAACUCGCGGUCAGCGUGACAGAAGCGGUAGACGAACUAUCCGCCCAAAACCUCCCGAAAUCGGAGAAUAGCGUCAUGUCGUCCGCUAGCAUCCUGCGCAGGACAUGA